UGUCAGCAGUGAAGGCCCCUCCCUCAGACCACAGAGAACUUGAAAGACACGAGGAAAUAGACACAACACACAGUAAAACACAGUCCAGUGGAUUACAGUCUCUGGAGCAUUGAAGAGAAACCUGUCUCUGAACUGUGAAUGUCUAUCAUUUGUGCAUAUGAAUGAGUAAAUUAUAAGAAGCAUCUGUUCAUACCUCAUUUGAAUAUCCUCAACCAGCUGGGGAAAACACGAAGAGUUUUGCAGACUGCAGCAUGUUCUCAUCAGUGAAGCCGUUUGAAGGGCAGCAGUUUUCAGCCCUGAGGAAACAGUGCCAGCAGAACAAGACUCUGUUUGAAGACCCAAUCUUCCUCCCUGUGGACCAGUCCCUCUUCUAUCACGGAAACCGCAUUGGAAAAGUUACCUGGAAGAGACCAAAGGAGCUCUGUGAAGACCCGCACUUGUUUGUAAAUGGAAUUAGUGCCCAUGAUCUGCACCAGGGGCAGCUGGGAAACUGCUGGUUCGUGGCAGCGUGUUCCAGUCUGGCCUCCAGAGAAGCUCUGUGGCAGAAGGUUAUUCCAGAUUGGAAGGACCAGGAAUGGGACAAGGAUAAACCAGAGAGCUAUGCUGGGAUUUUUCACUUUCGGUUCUGGCGUUUUGGGGAAUGGGUAGACGUCGUCAUUGAUGACCGACUGCCAACCGCAAACGGGCAGCUCAUCUACUGCCACUCCAACGACAGUAAUGAGUUCUGGAGUGCUCUGGUGGAGAAGGCAUAUGCAAAGUUAUGUGGAUGUUAUGAGGCUUUGGAUGGUGGAAACACAGCUGAUGCUCUGGUGGAUUUCACUGGUGGUGUAUCUGAGCCCGUGGAUCUGCUGGAAGGGAAGUUUAACCAGGAGGAGGAGGCCCGUCAUCAGCUGUUUGAGCGGGUUCUGAAAGUCCAUGACAGAGGAGGCCUGAUCAGCUGCUCCAUUAGAGCGACUACUCAGGCGGACAUGGAAGCCCGUUUAGACUGCGGCCUGGUCAAAGGUCACGCGUACGCUGUAACUGAUGUACGUAAGGUACGUCUGGGCACAGGCCUGCUGUCAUUCUUCAAAUCAGAGAAGCUCUCCAUGAUCCGUAUGAGGAACCCUUGGGGCCAGAAAGAGUGGAAUGGUGCUUGGAGCGACAGCUCAGAGGAGUGGAAGAAAGUCAGUAAGAGUGAGCGAGAGCGGUUGGGUGUGACCGUGGAGGAUGAUGGCGAGUUCUGGAUGGAUUUUGAUGACUUCUCUAAGUAUUUCACAGACCUGAUUCUGUGCCGCUUGAUUAAUACGUCGUACUUGAGCAUUCACAAGACCUGGGAUGAGGAAGUGAUGCGAGGCUCCUGGUGUCGCCACGACGACCCUUUAAGGAACCGAUCUGGAGGCUGCAUUAACCACAAAGCCACGUUCCUCCAGAACCCACAGUACGUGUUUGACGUGACAAAGCCAGAGGAUGAAGUUUUGAUCUGCCUACAGCAGCAGGACAAGAGAGCUCAAUCCAAAGAAGGCAAAGGAGAGAACAUGGCCAUCGGAUUUGAUAUCCAAAAGGUCGAGCUCAACCGGAUAUACCGCAUGCAUGCCAUUCAAAAAACGGUGGGCAGCUCAGUCUACAUUAACUCCCGCAGCGUCUUUCUGCGCAAAGACCUGAAGGAGGGACGCUAUGUCAUCAUUCCCACGACCUUUGACCCCCGCCUGCAGGGAGACUUCCUGUUGCGUAUCUUCACGGAUGUACCUUCAAACUGCAAGGAGCUGACAAUAGACGAGCCGCCCCAGACGUGUUGGACGGGGUGUUGUGGGUAUCCAAAGCUGGUCACACAGGUGUACGUCCACAGAGCAAACGGACUCAAGGCUCAGGACUCGGAUGGAUCAUCUGACCCGUACGUCAUCAUCAGCUGUGAGGGAGAGAAGGUUCGUUCAUCGGUGCACAAAGACACACAGAGCCCAGACUUUGAUGUGAAGGCUGUUUUCUACAGGAAGAAGCCAAAAGAGCCUAUCCGCAUUCAGAUCUACAACAAGAACCUUCUGAAGGACUCUUUCAUGGGUCAGGCGACCUUGAACGGUGACCUGUCUGACCUGCAGCAGCUUCACACACUUCACCUGCGGGACAAAGGAAACCGGCAGAACAAUGACCUCCCGGGUCUCGUCUCGGUGAGCCUCAUUACCAGCGACGUCCUCACCAACAUCUGACGUCACUCACGUUCAUGCUGUUCCUGUGGUAAAUCGUACAGUACUAUAUGUGGUGUAUUACAUAUAUUUACAUGUUUUGUUUUUUUUUUCUUUUGGGAAUGUUUCUUGGAAGCAAAAUGUAGUUGUUUACAAGCACUUUUUACACCUUAAAGCUGUCAUUUUCUGGUAUUAUGUGCUUCCCAUUGUCUUGGAAAUGUGUAUAUAUAUCUGGAUAUUAUAGGAUAUGCAUCUAUAUCACUAUAUGAAAUAGCAUGCUGUAUAUGCAUUUAUCUAAUACCACUAAUAACUAUUCAGGUAAGCUAGUUCAGAUAUGUAGUAAUGAAUUUCAGCUUUAUAUCUGUAUGUUAAUGCGAUUUGACCAAACAAUCAGUAACGGAAGGUAAAGGACUUUCUGUUUAAUCUCUGUUUACACUAAAUGUUUAAAUAUGGAGGACAUUUCUUUUUAUGUUUUUUUUUUUCUCCUUCAAAUGUUAUACAUAAUCCUGUGUUGAUUUUUAUGAAGCUGUGCCAAGUUUGUCAAGAUUUGGUGAAAGGAACCAUUUCUCCAAAUUAUGUAGUGUUUUAUCCAGUGUUUACCAGGAUUUAUGUUUAACAUGGUCUUCAAAGUGAAGGUAUCAGACAAACAUAUAAACAUGAAGACAGACAUAUAAACAAAAAUAUCCGUUUAACGAGCAGCCAAUAUAUAAUGGUAUAAAGCUGUUUUAGAGCCAAACAGAGCUGUUUCUUAUGAUUUUAAACACAUAUUCUCCUAUAAAUAUUGUUUACAAUGUUAUCCACCACUCGAGAGGUUAAUCUACACAGCGUAAAGACCAAUUAUAACCACCAGGUGGCAGUAUGACAUCGGAAAGGGAGGAGCACGUCACUCUCAGCGUGUGGGUUUUUGCCUUUUGUUUUUCUUCUUUUAAUUGUCUUUCAAAAGGUAACAUGCAAAACUGAUGUACUUAUUUUUUGUUUAAAUAUAUAUUUAUUAUACAUUAUAUAAAUAUUUAGAUUUUGUCAUUUUAUACCUCUUCACACACUAAUGAUAAUCAUAAACAAACUACUAAAAUAAAACUAAAUGUCAUCAUAAAGCCAAAUUCUCCUGUUUUUCCCUUUGAUACAAAAUGCCAAGAUACUUUUUACAACUGUGCCAUUUUACAAUCACUAUGAAUUAUUUUCAUUUUUUGUCUUAAUUUAAUUUGUACCAUUUCUUUCCAUGCAGUGCCUGUUGUCUCUUUACAGAUGAAUAGAUGUGCCUUAUCAGAACGGGUAAAAUAGCCAAAGAUUAGCCAUAAUCUGUGAUGUUUUUUUGUUUUGUUUUGUUUUUUGUAUAUUUUGAUUGUGUUUUUCUCACUAUUUCACACAAUGAAAUAAAGUUUGAUUGAAUGUUCA